AUGACCUAUCAGAGUGGCGGCCAUUUGCAGGGCUGUGACGAGAAGACAAUGGGCAUCUGCCACGGAUCCGAUCUCGAGUUCGUGUUCUUCAGGACCGGCGCUAACCCUAAGCUCGACAUACCUUUCAGUAAAGAGUGGAUCACUUUAUGGACUAAUUUCGCCAAAACUGGGGUUCCGACGAGUGAUAAAAAAUGGCCAAAACUGGUGAACAAAGCGGAAGACUAUAAGAUCUCUCGGGUUAAGGACAUGAAUCCAUACGACUUCAGCAAAACACUUGUCGACCAAUUUAAGAGGGAAUGCAAUCAGUUUUGGACACAAUAUUAUCAAUAG